AUGGCGAACUUUAACGAGCAGAAGCCGUCUGGCCAGGAUGUUGAAAACACCGGCUCGAAAUAUGAUAUUGACCUGGUCGAAAGCGCGCCAAUUGGCGCCAAUGGGACGCAAUUUUCGUUCGCACCCUCCAGACUGUCGAAACCUCACCGUGAUUAUUUGAUGGAGCGACAUGGAACGCUGGAGCUUGAUCCUGUUCCGACAAUGGAUCCUGCAGAUCCGUAUAACUGGCCUGAACGGAAGAAAAUGACAAAUCUUCUUCUCGUGGCUUUCCAUGCUUGUAUGGGUACAUUUGCCGCCGCCGGAAUUAUCCCAGCUUACUCGAAUAUCGUCGAACUAUACGGCGUCACUAAUCAGCAAGCGAGCUACCUGACAUCCCUCCAAAUCGCGGUAUUGGGUGGUGCGCCACUUUUCUGGAAGCCCCUGUCUCACCGUUAUGGUCGUCGUCCUAUUUUCCUUCUGUCGCUCAUUCUCAGUCUUGUCUGCAAUAUUGGAUGUGCGAAGAGCACUACUUACAGCUCUACUGCCGCCUGUAGAGCUCUCUCGGCGUUUUUCAUUGCCCCGGCUUCUGCUAUCGGUAGUGCUGUGGUGAUGGAAACGACUUUCAAGAAGGACCGUGCUAAGUACAUGGGUGUUUGGACGCUCAUGAUUACACUGGGUGUCCCCCUCGGACCGUUUAUUUUUGGUUUCGUGGCAUACCGAGUUGGGUAUGAGUGGAUUUACUGGGUUCUCGCAUUGAUCAAUGGCGCUCAAUUUAUUUUAUACCUGUUCUUCGGGCCCGAAACCCGCUAUGUGGAUAGUGGUGAAAGCAUCGAGGGAUCCGUUUUCAAGAGAGAAUACCUCUCUAUCCGCCGCAUCGACCCUACUCCUUUCACCUGGUUCGAAUUCGUCAAACCCCUGACCAUGGUCACCCACUCAUUCAUCGUCAUCCCGACCUGCGCAUACGCCAUGGUCUUCCUAUUCAGCAACAUCCUGACAACAGUCGAGAUCCCAGCCCUCAUCCAGUCCAAGUUCGACCUCAACACCGAGCAAGUCGGACUCCAGUUCCUGGGCAUGAUCAUCGGCUCAGUAAUCGGCGAGCAGAUUGGCGGCGGUCUAUCAGACUACUGGAUGAGGAUGCGCGCAAAGCGAACACAGAACAAGCCCGAGCCCGAGUUCCGUCUUUGGCUCAGUUACUUUGGUUUCGCGCUGGCCUGUAUCGGCUUAAUCCUUUUCUUGGUCUGCACCCAAGAAGCUGCUGCCGGACACUGGGUCGUGUCACCGAUUAUCGGAACGGGUAUUGCUGCGGCAGGUAGUCAGAUUGUGACUACUGUCAUGGUCACGUAUGCGGUUGACUGCUAUCCCCAGGAAGCGGCGAGCGUAGGUGUCUUUAUUACCUUUGUUCGACAGAUUUGGGGCUUCCUUGGUCCGUUUUGGUUCACACCGAUGUUCGACAAUGUCGGAGUGGCUGCCAGCUCGGGUAUUGUUUGUGGCAUGAUCGUUGCCGUCAGCGUGAUUCCCACAAUCAUCCUGCAAAUGCGCGGCCAUAUCUGGCGGCGUAAGCGGGAAGAUGCGGACUAUGAAUGA